AUGGACGGCGUGAAGCUUGAAGAGAUGGAGCCUUCAGUUGACAAGUUAAUCCGUGAUAUACCCAGAGGAAAACCAAAGUCAGGGCGCAUGUGGAAAUCUGUAAAAACAGAAAGGUAUUCACAGUGCAAGCAGAUUAAGCGGCUGAAGACAACUUGGGCUGAGAAAAUGCAGCUGAAAACGGAAAAAAGAAAGAUUAAAGAAUUUCAAGAGCAUCUUACUGAAGAGAAAGUUAAAAAGAAACAAUUGAACAGGAUGCGGGCAGAGGCAAACAAAAAGCGGAAACUCUUAAAUGAAAGAAAGUCAGAAAUAACACAGCCGAUCAAGAGCACAAAAGUCAAGAAGCUGAAAAAGAAACAGCUGCGGAUGAUUGAAACAAGAUAG